AUGGGUUUGCGUGUUAAUGAUUGGGUUUUCUUGAAGGUUUCUCCUAUGGAAAGAGUUAUGGGAUUCGAUAGAAAGGGACAACUUAGCCUAAGAUAUAUUGGGUCCUGCAGAAUCAAUUGGAGGAUAGGCCAAGAGGCCUACGAGUUAGAGUUUCCUUUGGAGUUAGAACUCAUCCAUCUAGUCUUCCAUGUGUCUAUGCUACGGAAGAGUAUCAGAGACCCUUCUCAGGUCAUGCCAGUUGAUGAUGGUCAUAUUAGAGAGGACUAUUCUAAUGAAGAGGUCCAAGUUACUAUUCUAGAUCGACAGUUCUGCAAGUUAAUGACCAAAAGAAUUGCUUCUGUAAAAGUAUUAUGGAGGAAUAAGAACGUGGAAGAAAUGACGUGCGAAGCCAAAGAGGAAAUAAGAUCCAAGUAUCCUCAUUUGUUUCUGACAGAAGGUUCUUGA